UUUUGACCAACCAGAGUCAACUACGUGCGUCGGAGUUUAGCGGGUCGCGAGUUAACAAUUUAGCUAAGUCUAGAAGCUUUUUGUGAGUAAACAGGAAGCCUCAUUGGGUUAAAACUAGAAUUAAACAAUAGUUUAUUUUGUUUAUUAUCCAAAACAAACAGACUAAGACCAAUUUUCGUGUUAACCAUAAAAAUAAACAUGAUUACUUGUUGCUAAUGCUAACAUCAGCUAACCAGCUGCGUUGUAACCCGCAAAUGUUCUUUAUUUUCUCAUCGAACUGCUCUUAAACAAGAGAAACAAGCUGAACUUGGGAUGGCGGUGGCUCCUGCCUCAUUGGCAGAUCAGAUCAUUGUGCUUGAAGAUGAUGAACCUGCGUGUUCCUCUGCCACCUCCUCCUCCUCCAAGCGACAAACCAGUAACGUCUCUCCAGCCCGCCGUCAGCAGCAGGCUCCCACACACAUCGUCCACUCUCCUUUUGCUUCCAACAGGAAGAGCGUAAACGCUCUGCAGGCAGAGAACCAGAAGCUGUUCAGUGUGUUUUUGGAGCACUGCACGUCUCUCACUAAGGACUGCCCAGAGGUCUUAACCUUCCUCCAGACCAAGCACGCCAAGGCCAGCGCUGAGUUCCUGUCCUCCGUGGAGUUCAGGAACACGCUGGGACGAUGUCUGACCCGCGCUCAGGCCAACAGCUCCAAAACAUUCGUCUACAUUAAUGAACUGUGCACCGUGCUCAAGCAGCACAGCGUCAAGAAGAGGCCGGCCCUCAGCCAGGCGGAGCCUUCUGCAUCGACGUCGGGUGCCACCCGGUCUGCUCCCGAUUCACUCCAGAGUAAAACUAAAGUGGAGGAGGAGGAGGAGGGGAAACCAGCCGCAGAACGAGCCUCGACGUCAGGAGGUCAGGAGGUCAAGGAGGAGAGUGAAGAAGCGCAGCGGAAGGCUAAGAGAGCGUUAAGGAAACAGAUCGCACACCUGGAGAACCUGCUGAAGUCGUACAACGAUGAGAUCAGCCGGCUGCAGCAGGCCGAGCUGACUUUAGACGACAUGGAGACGGAAGACUCCACGUACAUCCAGGAGCACAAACUCAAGCGGAAGAUGAUGAAGAUUUACGAGAAGCUGUGUGAGCUGAAGGGCUGCAACACGCUGACGGGGCGAGUGAUCGAGCAGAAGAUCAAGUUCAACACGACUCGCUUCCCUGAGAUCAACCGGAAGAUCGAGCGCUUCAUCAACAGUCCCGAGGCUCGUAGCAACCCUCCGGAUUAUCACGACAUCCGGCAGCUGGUGGUGCGCGUCAACGAGCGCCACAACCUGUGUUUGAACCGGAAACAGGUGAGUCAGAUCGCCCAGGAGGCCUUCAGGGACACGGGCAGCCUCCUGCAGGAGCGGAGACACCUCGACCUCGUCUACAACUUCGGCUCGCGUCUCACCGACGCCUACAAGCCCGCUGACGACCCGGCUCUGUCCGACCUGUCUCUGCUGAAGAAGCUACGGUCCAACAGGGAAGUGGCUUUGUCUCGUCUGGAUGACGUCAUCAAAAAGUACGCCGUGAAACAGGACGACACAGAGGAGCAGGAGAGAAUCCGGAGACUGGAGAAAAACGGGAAAGAGAAAGAGAAACCAGAAGAAGGAAAACAGACGAGUCAGGCGAACGGCGUGGAGGAGGAGGAGGAGGAGGAGGAGGACGAGGAGGAGGAUGAAUCAUCAGACCCUGACAUAGAGGAGGAGAUCCAGGCCAGCACUCAGCAGGCUGCCGCAGAUGACGAUGAGGAGGAGGAAGAGGAGGAGAACGCUAACGAGGCAGGUCAGUCAUGCGAGGACGACAAGGAGGAUCAGACGUACGAGCAGACAGGAAGUGCUCCAGCAGGCGGCGAUGGAAGCCCGAGGGCUGAGAUGGAGCCGCUCACCAGCGAAAGUCCCGUCUCUGAGGAAACACAGAUGUCCAGCGUCCCGUCUCCCAGAGACAGCCCCGGCCAAUCAGAGCUCGUUCAGUCGGACACUCGGCAGACGUUGUCCAACGGGACAACAGCAAACUUAAAGAAGCUCGCCGCGUCCAAUCAGCUGUCGGUGGUGAUCAUAAAAGAAAACCAGGUGAAUAAUAAGAAGUUGGCCGUCCCAGCAGCCGUUAACGGGGAUCCUUCACCUGAGCGAGGAACACCGAAGACCAGCGAGUCUCCGCCCCCCAGCCCCAGAACCACGAGGAGCCAGAAGAGGAAACGAGAGGAAAACAUGGCCGAGACUCCCAGAAACCUGAGACUAAAAAUCAGUUACGACAGCGACGCCGACAUCCCUCUGGACAUGGGCGUCAUUAGCUGCAGCUCUCCUCAGGACGCCUCCACACCCUCUCAGCUGAUCUGCAGCCCCCAGCUGACCCCGCCCCCAAAGAAAAACAAGGUCAACGUGGCGACUCAGUGCGACCCGGAUGAGAUCAUUGUUCUGUCCGACUCGGAGUGAAACUGGACUUUACCAAGGACACGUUUCCUGGUGGACCCUGAGGGACUCGUAGAGCAGCGAUUCAGCGGCGGCUGAAACAGACGUCUGUACCUCGGCUCCGGAGUAUUCCUGAUGAUCCGGGACCCGUCGGGUCGGUUCCUCUCAGCGGGGACGAGUUGGGCCUCUCCACUUUCCUGACACGAGCAGCUCUGCUGGUGUUUCUGUAAAUAAGAACCGGUGCCUGACGAGAGCCGUCGAUCGUCUCGCUCUGCUGAACGUCUGUUUCCGCCGACGCUCGACGACUCGUCACAUUUUAACGCGAUCUGGGAUUUUCUUCCACGGAGCAGCAGCAGCUUUAGAUCCGAAUCAGCGAAUGUUCUGGUUCAUUUCCUCCUCGUUUGUUUUUAUUUAUGCUGUUCUUCUGUUAGUAUGGUGUUGCCAUGGAAACGUGUGAAACGCAGCAGUUUUAACACGUAAAAUGACCUCAUUUUUAGAUUUGUGAUGAAAUGAGUCGGCCGCGGACUCGGAAUACGUUUUAUUUGCCGGAACAAUAAUUUCCACCCUUUCUAAGAAGUCUAAAGCACAAACGUUUACAUUGUUUACAUUUCUACGUUAAAACGUGAGACUUGCGUGUCAGAUGAACUCGGACACGAAGCGUUAAAGCUGUUAAUCAGCCGCCUGCUGAGGAAAACGCUUCGGACCAAACCUCCAUCAUCAGAUUUUCUAAGUAAUAAUAAAUAUUUUUAUCAUCCUGUGCAGAGAAAAACAACCUCAGAGCAGUAAUUGUGUCUCGUUUUUAUUGGUUUCAGCCACGUUCCCCGCUGCUGACGGACGCUUCCUUUUAAACCGGAGUCGUUUGGCGUAUUUUUAAAUAAAGCUGAGUCGUGCGUGCGAGUCGGAUGGAUGCUCCCUCUUCAGGCGUUCCCGUCCCGUUUUCCCUGACGGGUGAAAAACUCUUGAGAUCGGUCCUCGCUCCUGCGGAGGAGAGCUCCGUCCUUCACUGUGAACUUUCUUUUUGAUACUGAAAUAAAAAAAAGCUUUUUGGUAAAAAAAA